AUGGUUGUCGUUGCUUUACCCGAAGAGGGCCCUAAAAUAAGCGGAGGAAAACCGAGAUAUCAAAUUGGUGAUACGGUUAAUUUAAAUUGCACGUCAGGAAGUUCAAAUCCUCCAGCUCAACUCGAUUGGUUUAUUAAUGGCGAAAAGGCGGAUUCAUCUUUUCUAAGAGGACCGCAUACGAUGUUCAUAGGAGACGAAGAAUUACAAAAAACAAUAUUAGGAUUACAAUUUCGCGUAAGUGCAAAACAUUUUAAAGAUGGAGACAUGAAACUCAAGUGUUUAGCAUCGAUAUCGACAAUUUACUGGAAAACAAACGAAGAAAGCGUCAAAGGUGAUAAGCCAUUGAUAAAAGUCAUGUCCAGCCAAGACACGUCACUUCCAAACAAAUCAAGAGCGGAUAGAGUUCAAGGUAAAAAAAAAAAAAAAUUUUUUUUUCUCUUUCUUUCAAAAUCCACGCCGUUCAUUUUUCAUUGUCAAAUGUUUUAUUAUUAUUAUCAUCACCGCCACUUCCCCCGCGUGCCUGAACCUUAA